UCUUGGAGCAGAUAAUUGGUUUUUUUCUGGUUAAGUUUCUGGGUUUACAAAUAGUGAAAGAGUCGAGGCUGGGAGGGCAGAAGGAGCUGAGAACCCAAAACAUCCACGAGCCACAAAGUUCUAUCCUUUCUUUCUAGAAGCAUCUCCAAGAGGUCCGUUUGGUAGACACGUUGCUGGUGUUGCGGCACAAAGAGAAGGAACCUGCCAUGUCUCUGACGGGUGAAGUGUGCGUGGUGACGGGAGCCGGUGGAUUCCUGGGAAAGAGGCUGCUGAGGCUGCUGCUGGAGGAGGAGAACACGGCUGAGAUCCGACUGCUGGACACACGAGUGCAGCCACAACUGUUAGAGUCUCUGGAGGACUGCAGAGGCGACACUGAGCUGAGUGUUUUCGAGGGCGACAUCAGAGACGCUGAAUUCCUGAAGAGAAGCUGUCGGGGCGCGUCCAUCGUCUUCCACAUCGCGGCCAUCAUCGACGUGAAGGACGCGGUGGAGUACAGCGAGAUACACGGGGUCAAUGUCAAAGGAACGCAGCUGCUUCUGGAGGCUUGCAUCCAGGAGAACGUGGCGUCCUUCAUCUACACCAGCACCAUCGAGGUGAUGGGACCGAACCCGCAGGGGGAACCCGUCGUCAACGGCAACGAGGACAUGGCGUACGAGUGCGCUCUGAAGUUCGCCUACAGCAAGACCAAGAAGGAGGCCGAGCAGAGGACCCUGCAGGCCCACGGUGAGGUGCUCCAGAACGGAGGCCGCCUGGCCACGUGUGCCCUCCGGCCCAUGUACAUCUACGGGGAGGGCUGCCGCUUCCUGCUGGGCCACAUGGGCGACGGGAUCCGAAACAAGGACGUCCUGUAUCGCAUGUCCCGACCGGAGGCCCGGGUGAAUCCCGUGUACGUGGGCAACGUUGCCUCGGGCCACCUCCAAGCGGCUCGCGCCCUCAAAGAUCCCCAAAAAAGAAGCGCCGCCGGAGGAAAGUUUUACUUCAUUUCCGACGACACGCCACACGUGAGCUACUCGGACUUCAACCACGUCUUGAUGUCGCCCCUGGGCUUCGACAUUCAGAAGGAUCUCAUGUACCCGCUCUGGCUGUUGUACACCGUCUGCUUCCUCAUGGCGAUGCUGUGCACGAUGGUGCGGCCUCUGGUGCGCGUCGUGCCGCCGCUGAACCGGCAGCUGGUCACCAUGUUGAACACGCCGUUCAGCUUCUCCUAUCAGAGGGCCAAGAGGGACCUGGGAUACGCCCCCAGGUACACCUGGGAGGAGGCGCGCCGACGCACCACCGGGUGGCUGGCGUCAGAGCUGCCGACGGAGAGGGAGAAAAUAAGAGCGAAAUGAGAGGCGUUUAAACAUCGUGGGUUUGGGUACGCGUGUGUUAUAAUGCAUCAUGACGCCAUCGUACUGCAAAAGAGUUUUAUUGGCGGUGAAUGUGAAGCACGCAGCCAAAAACAUGCCCAUCAUCACUUCAAAGGCACCAUUUACUAUGUCUAUGUUAUAGCAUCGUUCUAAUUAAUCUAAUAAGUUUAACACGUGAUUGUGUUUAUUUAGUUUGUCUGAUAUUACUUAAGGUACAGUAAGAAGUGUUAACUUUAAGUUCAGAUCUUGUAGCUUUGACUCACCUGUUGUUUCUGUACUGGAUGGCAAUAUGUUGUGUGUGUGUGUGUACUAAUAAAGUUCAUAGUGAGA